GGGAUAAUGCUCCCAGAGAAGGACUCUGCAGCAGUUCUCAAAGGCUAGACUUGGGUGGUAUUGCUGCAUAUGCGCUGAUUCUUCAGCUUGUUGUCUCUAACCGAGGGAGCAUUGAUUGGGAACUACUCAUUCAGAAAAUUAAAAGAAAGAAGCUAGAACAUAUUAUCAAGCCUUUGAGAACACAACAUAACGAACUUUACUUAUCUUACCACUUGCUUAAAUAGUUGCAGGAGAAAUUACAAAGCAUUGAAGAAUGGCCGAUGAACGGAAAGAUGAAGCCAAGGCGCCUCACUGGGCCUCAGCUCAGCUAACAGAGGCCUCUGCACAUCCACAUCAACCUGAGAUUAAGGAUCAAGGCGGGGCGGGGGAAGGAUUUGUCCGAAGUGCCAAUGGAUUCCCAUAUAGGGAGGAUGAAGACGGCGCCUUUGGAGAGCAUGGGUCACAGGGCACCUAUUCAAAUACCAAAGAGAAUGGGAUCAACGGAGAGCUGACCUCAGCAGACAGAGAAACAGCAGAGGAGGUGUCUGCAAGGAUAGUUCAAGUAGUCACUGCUGAGGCUGUUGCGGUCCUGAAAGGUGAACAAGAAAAAGAAGCUCAGCAUAAAGACCAGCCCGCACCUCUGCCUCUAGCAGCUGAAGAAACCCCUAAUCUGCCUCCUUCUCCACCUCCAUCGCCAGCCUCAGAACAGACUGUCACAGUGGAAGAAGAUUUACUUACAGCCUCGAAGAUGGAGUUCCAAGAUCAGCAGGAAUUGACACCCUCUACAGCUGACCUUUUAGACCAGAAGGAAACAGAGUCAGAGAAACAAAGUAAGCCUGGUGAAGACCCUAAACACGCUGCCUUAGACUCUCGGCUAGAGACGGCUAUAGCUUAUCCUGAUGAAAAGGAUGUGCAAGGCAUGGAAGAAGAAAAGGCACCUCCCACUUUGUUCGGGCACACUCUCAUUGCCAGCCUGGAAGACAUGACACAGAAGACAGAACCAAGCCUGGUAGUGCCUGGCAUUGACCUUCCUGCACAGCCUCCCACUCCAAAAGAACACAAGGACUGGUUCAUCGAAAUGCCAACGGAAGCAAGAAAGGAUGAGUGGGGGUUAGUUGCUCCAAUAUCUCCUGGCCCCCUGACACCCAUGAGGGCAAAAGACGUAUUUGAGGAUCUCCCCAAAUGGGAAGGCAAACAAUUUGAUUCUCCCAUGCCGAGUCCCUUUCAAGGAGGAAGCUUCACUCUUCCUUUUGAUGUCAUAAAGAAUGAAGUAGUUACCGAAGCAUCACCCUUUGUCCCUGCCUUUUUACAGCCAGAUGACAAAAAAUCUGUGCAAGAAACCAGUGGCCCAGCUACUGCCAAAGAUAGUUCUGAAGUCGAAGAGCCCCAUAAAGAUAGAAUGGCUGAAGCACCAGCCUCGGAGGCAAUUGCUUUACCCAAAGAUGCUCACGUUCCAGUUGUAGAAGAAAGUGUUAUGGAGAAAGUUUUAAGGGAGGAAACAGGGGCCAUAAGUCAAGAGAGUGUGCAGAAAAAAGAUACUUUCAUUGCCAGCGGACUGGAACCUACACCCACCGAAAAGGAACCUCAGCUGAAGCUUGAAGAAAAAGCAACCCUUUCUGACCAAGAAGCUAUGCCAAAAGAGAGCAGACCCCUAAAAUUGGCAGAUGAAGAAACAGGCGUAAUUCAGACCUCCACAGAGCAUGCUUACUCAAAAGAACAGAAAGGCCCAGAGCCGCCCAUAGAUACAUUAAAACAAGACACAUUCCCUGUAAGUUUGGAGCAAGCAGUUACAGAUUCAGCCAUGACCCCAAAGGCACUGGAGAAAGUCAUGACAGAACCAGCUGCACUAAGUGAAAAGAGUGCAACCCAGGGACUUUUUGAAGAGAAAGUUGCUGACAAAGAUACCCGGGUUGAAGGAGUCGGUGCAGCAACAGCAGCUGACCUCGACAUGCCGUUUUAUGAAGAUAAGUCAGGAAUGUCCAAGUACUUUGAAACAUCUGCCUUGAAAGAAGAAGUAACAAAAAGCAUUCAGCUGGGCAGUGAUUACUAUGAACUGAGUGACACUAGAGAAAGUGCCCCUGAGUCUAUUGAUACCAUAUCCCCUGGGCGUGAAGAUGGUGACCAGGGAUUUCAGGCAGGGAAAGAACCCCAGCCCAGCCCUCCAGCACAAGAAGCAGGGUACAGCACUCUUGCACAGAGUUAUCCCCCUGAUUUACCCGAAGAACCCAGUUCUCCUCAAGAGAGAAUGUUCACCAUCGAUCCAAAAGUGUAUGGGGAGAAGAGAGAUCUCCACAGUAAGAAUAAGGAUGACUUGACACUUAGCAGGAGUUUAGGACUUGGUGGUAGGUCUGCAAUAGAACAAAGAAGCAUGUCAAUCAAUUUGCCCAUGUCUUGCCUGGAUUCUAUAGCCCUUGGAUUCAACUUUGGUCGGGGUCAUGAUCUUUCUCCUCUAGCUUCUGAUAUUCUAACCAAUACUAGUGGAAGUAUGGAUGAAGGAGACGAUUACCUUCCAGCCACCACACCCGCAGUGGAGAAAGGCCCUUGCUUCCCAAUAGAAAGCAAAGAGGAAGAACAAAUAGAAAAAGUAAAAGCUACUGGAGAAGAAACUACUCAAGUGGAGACAACGUGUGAGUCACCAUUCCUAGCCAAAGAUUAUUACAAAAAUGGUACUGUCAUGGCCCCUGACCUCCCUGAAAUGCUAGACCUGGCAGGCACAAGGUCAAGAUUAGCAUCUGUGAGUGCAGAUGCCGAGGUUGCCAGGAGAAAAUCAGUUCCUUCAGAGACUGUGAUUGAGGAGAGUAGUACUGGUUUGCCGCCCGUAACUGAUGAAAAUCACAUUGCUGUAAAAACGGACAGUCAGCUUGAAGACUUGGGCUACUGUGUGUUCAAUAAAUACACAGUCCCACUCCCAUCCCCUGUUCAAGACAGUGAAAAUUUGUCCGGCGACAGUGGCUCCUUUUAUGAAGGCACUGAUGAUAAGGCUCGAAGAGAUUUGGCCACAGACCUUUCGCUGAUUGAAGUAAAACUGGCAGCUGCUGGCAGAGUUAAAGAUGAGUUCAGUGGUGACAAAGAUGCAUCUCUGCAUCUCUCUGGUGACAAAACGGGUCUGGGCAGAGAGUUUGACCAAGAGAGGAAAGUGAAUGACAAGCUGGAUACUGUACCAGAAAAGAGUGAAGAGCAUGCUGAUUCCAAAGAACAUGGCAAGAAAACAGAAGCAGCUGUCGACCAAGUGGACACAUUUGGAUUAGGAGUAACCUAUGAACAAGCUUCAGCCAAAGACCUGACACUCGCAAAAGAUGCAUCAUCCGAGAAAGCGGAGAAAGGUCUUAGUGUAGUGCCAGAGGUAGCUGAGGUAGAACCAUCCCAAAAAGCUGAACAAGGACUGGAUUUUGCUGCCAAGAAAGCUACCCAGGGUCCAUUAGAUGUCAAAAUUAGUGACUUUGGGCAGAUGGCUUCGGGGCUACACAUAGAGGCUGAAAAGGCAACCGAGUUUACACUCGAGGCCACACAGGACCUGACCCCUUCAUCCAAAGUGCCUCAGGAUGCAGAUUCCUUUAUGGGUCUUGAAUCUGGCCACCUGAAAGAAGGUGCCAAGGUCACUGAAACAGAAGUCAAAGAGAAGGUGGCCAAACCCGACCUGGUGCACCAGGAGGCUGUGGACAAGGAGGAGUCCUAUGAGUCUAGUGGCGAGCACGAAAGCCUCACCAUGGAGUCCUUGAAACCUGAUGAGGGCAAGAAGGAAAUCUCUCCAGAAUCGUCUCUGAUUCAAGAUGAGAUCGCCAUCAAACUGUCAGUGGAGAUACCUUGCCCACCUGCCGUCUCAGAGGCUGAUUUAGUCACUGAUGAGAAAGCUGACGUCCAGAUGGAAUUUAUUCAACUGUCAAAAGAUGAAAGCAAAGAAACCCCAGAUAUAUCUAUCACUCCCUCUGAUGUUAUGGAGCCAUUGCUGGGGCCAGUCGUGUCUGAACCCGCAGAGGCUCCGAGUGAGGAAGAAGAGAUAGAAGCCCGGGGAGAAUAUGAUAAACUACUCUUCCGCUCAGACACCCUUCAGAUUACCGACCUGGGGGUCCCUGGUGCCAGGCAGGAAUUUGUGGAGACCUGCCCAGGUGAACACAAGGGAGUGAUCGAGUCCGUGGUGACCAUCGAGGACGAUUUCAUCACUGUAGUGCAAACCACAACUGAUGAAGGGGAGUCGGGCUCCCACAGUGUGCGUUUCGCGGCCCUGGAGCAGCCUGACUUGGAACGGAGACCGUCCCCUCACGUCGAAGAGGAGCUGGAAGUAGAAGAGGCAGCUGAAGCCCAGGCAGAACCCAAGGAUGGUUCCCCAGAGGCUCCUGCUUCCCCGGAGAGAGAAGAGGUUGCCCUCUCCGAAUAUAAGACAGAAACCUAUGAUGAUUACAAAGAUGAGACCACCAUCGACGACUCCAUCAUGGACGCUGACAGCCUCUGGGUGGACACUCAAGAUGAUGAUCGGAGCAUCAUGACAGAGCAGUUAGAAACUAUCCCUAAAGAGGAGAAAGCUGAAAAGGAAGCUCGGAGACCCUCUCUGGAGAAACAUAGAAAAGAAAAGCCUUUUAAAACCGGGAGAGGCAGAAUUUCCACUCCUGAAAGAAAAAUAGCUAAAAAGGAACCUAGCACAGUCUCCAGAGAUGAAGUGAGAAGGAAAAAAGCAGUUUAUAAGAAAGCUGAACUUGCUAAAAAAACAGAAGUUCAGGCCCACUCUCCCUCCAGGAAAUUCAUUUUAAAACCUGCUAUCAAAUAUACUAGACCAACUCAUCUCUCCUGUGUUAAGCGGAAAACCACAGCAGCAGGUGGGGAAUCCGCCCUGGCUCCCAGUGUAUUUAAACAGGCAAAGGACAAAGUCUCCGAUGGAGUAACCAAGAGCCCAGAGAAACGCUCUUCUCUCCCGAGACCUUCGUCCAUUCUUCCUCCUCGCCGAGGUGUAUCAGGAGACAGAGAUGAGAAUUCCUUCUCUCUCAACAGUUCCAUCUCCUCCUCAGCACGGAGGACCACUAGGUCAGAGCCAAUUCGCAGAGCAGGAAAAAGUGGCACCUCGACGCCCACGACCCCUGGAUCCACAGCCAUCACUCCUGGCACCCCGCCAAGUUAUUCUUCACGCACACCAGGCACUCCUGGAACCCCUAGUUAUCCCAGGACCCCUCACACACCAGGAACCCCCAAAUCUGCCAUCUUGGUGCCCACUGAGAAGAAAGUCGCCAUCAUACGCACUCCUCCCAAAUCUCCUGCUACUCCCAAGCAGCUCCGGCUCAUUAACCAGCCACUGCCAGAUCUGAAGAACGUCAAAUCCAAAAUCGGAUCGACAGACAACAUCAAAUACCAGCCAAAGGGGGGACAGGUGCAAAUUGUUACCAAGAAAAUAGACCUAAGCCAUGUGACAUCCAAAUGUGGCUCUCUGAAGAACAUCCGCCACAGGCCUGGUGGUGGACGUGUAAAAAUUGAGAGUGUAAAACUGGAUUUCAAAGAAAAGGCCCAAGCUAAAGUUGGUUCACUUGAUAAUGCUCACCACGUACCUGGAGGUGGCAAUGUCAAGAUUGACAGCCAAAAGUUGAACUUCAGAGAGCAUGCCAAGGCCCGUGUGGACCACGGGGCUGAGAUCAUCACACAGUCCCCAGGCAGAUCCAGCGUGGCGUCGCCCCGACGACUCAGCAACGUCUCUUCCUCUGGAAGCAUCAACCUGCUUGAAUCUCCUCAGCUUGCCACUUUGGCUGAGGAUGUCACUGCUGCACUUGCUAAGCAGGGCUUGUGAAUAUCUCUCAUUUAGCAUUGAAGUAAUACUAUUUAGGCAUGAGCUCUUGGCAGGAGUGGGCUCUGAGCAGGUGUUAUUCUCAUUCUUUGAAAACCAUAAAAUAAAUAAUCUCAUCCCCAAACUGUAGUAAUUGUUACAAUUUUAUAUUUAAAAAAUGAAUAGUAUAUGCAGAAAUUGACCUGAUUUCCAUUUGCAACAGGAAGACACUGGCUUUACAUGGGUACAAUUGGACAAUUAUUUUUGCUCUGCUCUGUUUUGCAUGAGUAUUAUUACUUUUAAAAAAAAUUGCAUUUUUACCUUUCAUGUGCCUGAAGGCUAUCCACUACAUUCUGAAAGGCCUUGUUAAAAUCCAAGCUGCUCUUUUCACGAUUCUGUUUCUGAGUGAGACAAUAAAAACUGCCCAUUGUAACUUAUGACAGGUUAAACUAAAUCAAGGAGUCUGAUUGAAUGAAGGGAAGAACAUGUAAGAAAUAAGUUUUUUAAAGUGUUAUUUUGUAUAAAUGGGAAGAAAGAUUCGAUUAAGUUAUUAACAUUUGGAACCUGGAUAAUUAUAUCAGAGUAUGUCAAUCCAAUAAAUUAUUUAACUAAUUAAAAAAAAUAGUUACAAAGCAUUUGAGCUGUGGUGAGGAAGUGGUAUAAGAGUGCGUCUCUUAGGAAGGAUGUACUUUUCAUUAGGAUGGACUUGUGUCUGAUUAGAAUGUCAGGUGAUUGGCUAGAUUUGUGUCCAUACUAACAGUUUCACACCCCCUUUUCAUCUGUUUGAUACAGUAUUAUAGAUAUAAAUAUAUAUAUAUAUAUUUCUCUGUGGCCAUUUGUGAUACUUCCUCAUAUACUUGAAUAUUAUACUUCUUUAUUCACAGUAUCUGUGUCUCCUGCACCCUUUGGUGUUGAAAUUUUAGAUAUGUGAAAGUAGAUGUUAGCAGGGUUCUCUCCCUAUUUAAAAAAAAAAAUUAAAAAGACAAAAAAUCUUAGCAUGAAGUUGCUUUCUAUCACAACUCAAAGCUGUAACCCUGUUUUAGUGCCAGAUACAAGUCUCUCCCGUAAUGCUAGAAAAAAUUAUUUUUCUCUGCUUUCACCAACAUGGAGUUUGUGGGGGUGGGUCCAGUUAUACAUGAAAGGGUUUACAGAUUGUUGGUUCAAGAUUAUGAAUUUAUCUCAUUUUUAGUCACAGAAGAGUUUUGGUUUUCUUCCUAUAAUUAUUCAUGAACCCAACAAGAUUUUUUUCUUUUUCUUCUUUUUUUUUCCAUUUGCUAAAGUUGAAACUAACAGUGGUCAUCUGAAAUAUGUUUUCUUAUUUUUUCCAAAUGGUAUCUAUUUGUUAAAUUCUCUAAUAGACGAUACUUGGCUUUCUUACCCAAACUAAAGCUCCCUUGAACAAAAGAAAAAAAAUGACAUUUUGUGAAGCUAUCACUACAAAACAUUUGAGACACAGAUAUCUAAAUCAGUUUUUUUUUUCAAGACUCUAAAAUUGUGCUCUCUAAAGGAACACAGUGUGACUUCGUAUAUUUAUCAGUAGAUGAUAUUGUUCAGACUUUAUAUACCAUCUUAAAAUUGAAAGGCAAUUACUUAAUUUGUCUCACAAAUCAUUCAUCUCAGACUUACAAAUAAGCAAUGACAUAGUCAAUGGCCUGAAUAGGGCAAACAGCUACCAGGCUGGUUGGGCAUUUUUUAGUAUUUUGUCUGUUCUUUUUCUUGCUCAGGGCUGGUAAGCUAGAUAUGAUCGAUUACAGACAAAUUGUCUGCUAGGUGUUUGAUCUCUUUGAGCCAAAUCAAUUCUCGAAUAUAAAGGAGGAAAUGAUGAGCAUGGACUGAGGCAACGAGGCAGUAUAGGAGCAUCUAAGAAAACAGCCAACGCAUGUAAAGACAGAGAGUCACAGCUGCCAUACUGUGACCCCGUGGAUCUGGCAAUGUGCGAUUGCCUCAAGAGAAACCCUAGGAGCAAACCCACACCUUUCAUUCUCAGCUAAGAGAUUUUACACAGGCAAACGGUCUUAAACCAUUUAUAAAUUAGUUAUUUGAUAUGAGAGUCAAAAACUUAGAAGCUACUGAGUAUAACCAUGAAUGUGUCUAUUUUCUGCCUAGUAAUUGCUGUGAAGUUUGAUUUGACCAAUCUGGGCAAUUUAUUCAUCCACUUCCUUUGAAAUGCACCAGAAAAUAAGAGAAGAAAUGGUUGUGUGGAGAUUUAUGGUACUUGAUAACAUGUUUUGAUAGUGCUAGAUAGUGAUUAAAGUUCUCCAGAAAGAAGUUAACAGCUGGUUAGAAACGUUUUAACCUAUGAAGCAAGAAUUUUUUUCACCUUUGUUUAAAUUUUUUAAUAAAAGUGAGGACUGAGUAAACCUAAUAAAAAUAAUUUUUAAUAAAAUUUUAAUAAAAUGUGGUUUCUUACAAACACUUGUCCAAAAUAAAAAUUAUAGAAGGCACUAAAUUAUUAGAUUUGGUAUUAAAACAAAUGUCUGUUUUGAAUUACAACAAAAUUAUAAUUAAUAAAUGUUCUUGCUUUGUGUGGAAAUGUGAUUUUUUUAUAAAAUUCACAAAAGGAACUGAUAAUUUAUACCAGUAAAAGAGAGAAACGCACAGGCUAAAUGUCUUCUUGUGGGGAGAAGGGGUAAAGCCCAUCUUGCACUCUCAAGAUAAUGACUCAAAUUAAGCUUUCUGAACACCACUCUUGUGGGGACACACAUACGCUGAUCUAGAAUUGAAAUCACCAUGGUCUCAGUUCUAGAUCUACUUUUGCCAGUUUCUCUCUGGCUUUAGCCUUUGAGAACCUGUUUAAGGAUACAUAAGUAAUCCAGAGUUCUAAAGAGUUAAAAGGCCAACCGCUCCAGGGAACUCACUCUCUGGGUCACCUGCAACCAAAAAUUGGAUACCUUACAAUAAUGCAGGAAAGACCUAACUUCAUGAUGAGUUUCAAAGGCCAUGUUCAUUUAGGAACCAACUCUCUCUGGAUUCACCUGCUGAAUUCCAGCAGGGUGAUGGGCUAAAGUCCUACCUCCAAGCAUGACACCUGUGUAACACCAGCUAGGCGUGGCAGAAGGCUGAAGAGAGGAUGGUGUUAAAUAGAAGAAUGUACCAGUUCUCCACACACAUAUAUAGUAAAACAGCAGGCAUGGAAUAAUCAGACAAAAUCUAACAUAAUUUUGCCAGUAUUUUAUUCAAGGAAGAAUCUGUGGUCGAUUCUGAUAUAGCUGCAACUAUAAUUUUUCUAUUUUUCAUGCCACAAAAAGGAAAAUAAACUAUUCAUGGCCUAAGUAGCAAAGAUAAAGUAGAUUCAUGGGUUGGGAAAGCAAAUUCCAGGCAUUCCUUCAAAGACUGAUGUGCUAAAAUCAACACUGAUGUUUGUUUUUUCACACCCAGGAUUUUUAGCCUGGGUGCGUAGGUGGAGGCCAAGUCCCUCUGCAGGAAAAAGCUUAUUUUCAAACUCAGAAAAUGUCAAUCAUAAAAAUCCACUUCAACUUUAGCAAAAAGAAAAAAAAAAUCAACAAAAAGUAUACUCUGUAUGCUGGGAUUCCAAGGUUCUAACACACCGUUACAAAUCUGUGGGGGGUUUCUUUCUUCUGAUAAUUCUAGAGCCUGUUACCAUAGAAAGGCAUUUCUUCGAUGGCUGGUUGUAGUUAGUUCAUGUUUUUCAAUCAAAUUUGCAAAUGUAUUUGUUGCUGUAUAGUGAUUGUUUUGCAAAAUAAAAUUGCUUGUCACCUAACUGCUA